AUGAAGUUCUGUUGCGGGCUCCUCGCCCUACUGACGGCCCACGUCGCGGCCAAGACAAUCCGAAUCGACGUCGGCAGUAGCGGCAAGUCUUUCUCGCCUGACACUGUGACGGCUGAUAAGGGAGACGUCCUCGAGUUCCACUUUAGCAAGUCCAAGCACAGCGUCGUGUCAGGCGACUAUGACAAGGGCUGCUCUCCUCAGAGCCAGGGUGGCUUCUACUCCGGCAUGCUCCAGGCAAAAGGGAACAACCCAAGCAUCUUUCAAGUCACUGUGGAAAGCACUGACCCGACAUUCUUCUACUGCUCCGCCGGGAGCCACUGCCAGGGCGGCAUGGUUGGGGUCGCCAACCCAAGCUCGGGCAAAAGUCUCGCGACGUACAAGGACCACGCAAAGUCGUCCGGGAGUAAUGUGAGCCCCGAUGCUCCGUAUGGUGGCAAGCUCGUUAAGGAAGGCGAGGUCAACAACGGCGCCACGGCCACUACUGGCUCUGGGCCGAGCCAGACCAAGGACAACACCGGCGCUGCAGCGGGCCUCAGAGGGACGUUUGGUGUUGUAGCCGGCCUCGCCGCCGGCGCCGCUGCCUUCCUCGUGUGA